GGAGAAAAUUGCUUUGCAAAUCCCCCAAAAUCGGAGAAAGUACCAGCCAAAAUUUUCUGGAGCAGGAGGGGGUGACCCUCCUAUCCCCCCCCCCCCCGGUCGCGCCGUCCCUGAAUAUGCUUUAUUCAAAUAUAAAAUUAGAUUUCCUUGACGCUAUUUUCAAGUUCAAGGAAAUAGAUGCUUAUCGACAUUCGUUAAUUGUUGCCUGGCCAUCAAAUGGUAGGACUACUAUCAUAUAUUCGUUAUUUGUAUAUCAGAAAGAUGUUCGUUUUGCUUGAAAGUCAUAACAUCACCUAAAUUCAAUAUUUGAGCUACAAAAUUUGAAAUAGAAGCGAAGUCGAUUUUUGAACAAAGAACUCAAAUAGAUGACAAAUUUUGUGACAAAAUGAGAUGUUCGCUAGUUCUACACGUCAUUUCAUUACAGAGAAAUAUAUUAUGCCUCUGAGAACAAGUAAGAGUCAAUCUUGAUUUAGACUUUUCCUGUCUUUGUAAAGCCUUAAGGAGACGUAAAUCUAGCCUUCAAAAUACAUUAGUUUAUACGAUGAAUAAACCUUAAUAUUCAAGAAAAACCUGUAAUGUUCAACCUAACUAACUGGUAGAUAUUUUAGAGAGAUCCGACAACUUCUAAGAAUGACUCCAAUGCAGAUUUAUAAAUGCUGUCCAAAACUAGCAAAAGUUUCGUUUUAUCACAAAUAAUGUCGUCUGUUUAAGUUUGUUGUCGGAAAAACUAACUUCGCCUAUAUUUCAAAUUAUACAGUCAAAAUAUUGAGCAUACGAGGGUAUCUCUAGACGCUUUUCCAUGGAUAGUGCAUACAACAUGAAGUUUUGGAAAUCUUCGUAUCUCCUAGAAAUUUUGUUCAAAAUUUUUGAAUCUUUUUAUGAAAAUUAGUCUAGUUGAGUUCUUUAUUACACAAAUUUUGAAAUAAAAAAACUCGAAAAUACGAGUUUUCAGAAAACUUGUGAUCUCUAGAAAACAGGCAUAAUAACAGUUCGAUAGUUUACUCAAAUGUCCAUACGAAGAGCUUUUAUUAGAACACUACUUAACAUCUAUUGGCAAAAAAAACCAUUGGAAUAGAAAGAGGCCAUAUGACGACAUUUCCUUAUUAGUUGAUGUUUUUAAGUGAUUUUUGACUUGAUCAAUAAAAACUUAUUUUUAAUUGAAUUAUUUUUAUGAAGGUGUUCAGAAGGAAUAUCUCUUUCUGUCUGUUUUGACUUUCAAGCGAAAUAAACAUCCACAAAUAACGAAAAUAUGAUAGUGGUCUUAUGUUCUUUUUUCUUAUCCAAGCAAAAAUCAAAGAAUUUUAAUAAACAUAUACCGGUCUAAAAGUCAAGAUUGAUCGAGAGUGAACAAACAAGGUCAUUCAAACACACAUAGUCCUAUAACUUUGAUCAAUAGUUGUGUAUAAAAAGAACCAAUGAAGAUUUAAUUUUCAUUUUUUUGUUAUUUUUAGCUUAGUCAAGGCGAAUAUAUCGCACCGGAAAAGAUCGAAGAUGCAUAUUCACGUAGUCAAUUUGUAUAUCAAGUAUUUGUUUAUGGUGAUUCAUAUAAAAAUUUUCCUGUUGCUAUAGUUGUAUUAAAUGAAGAUUAUGUCAAAAAAUGGAUUGCAAAAGAUGAUAGUAAUUCUCAAUAUAAUACCGAAGAAAAAUUAAAAGAAAUCGUACUUAAUGACAUGAUACGAGAAGGAAAAAAACGUGGUUUAAUACCAUAUGAACAAGUUAAAGCUAUUGAAUUGAUAAAAGAACCAUUUACAAUUGAAAAUGGACUUUUAACACCAACAUUUAAAUCACGACGAUUUGCCGUAGAAAAAAAAUAUAAAGAUUUUUUUAUAACGUUAUAUAAAAAAAUCGAUGGUUAA